AUGCGUGUCGCUCCAUGGCUCGCGGCGGUGGUGUGGUCGUCGCUGUUCUUGGCGAGGCUUGAGGAGGUGCGGGCACAGGAUUCCGAGGACUCCUCCUCCGACUCCCAGGAAGAGGCGGGGGACGAUGCCCAGGAGGUCACUGCGUUUGCCCAAGGCGGCACUACCAACUUGGUCGACGACUUCGCUGUGGCGGGGGUCUGGAUUGUGGAUACCUCGCAGCUGUUCGUGGCGGCAAACACCGGCAAUGAAUUAUCAGGCGGGACCAACGCCGGCGGCACCGACUUCGCCAUCAUCAAGUACAACAGCGACCUCGAGCUGCAAGAUUCCGUCCAGUAUGGGGGCGAUGGGGACGACACCAUUACCGCCAUGGCGGUGGACGAGAGUGUUCAGAGCGGCAUCGUCAUCGUGGGGUCGACCGCCUCGGAUGAGGAGCACCUCUUCGGCCUCGACACCGCACCCCGGGAGCAGGACUAUUUCAUCGCCGAGUUGAGCAGCGGCGACCUUGAGGUCACCAAGCAGUUCGUCAACGGUUCCCAAUUCAACAACGAGGAAUUGACAGUCGUCGGCCUGGAACCGGUCCUGGACGGCGCCUACUUCGCGGCGGGUUGGGCAGCAAGUGCCGACGGACAGGACUGGUUCGCCCUCAAGAUAAACCAUGACAUGGAUGACAUAUUAUGGGAGGAGCCUUUCGAGACCACGGCGGUGUCCGACCUGCCCACCGCGAUGGUCGUGAGCAGUGAUGCCGUGUAUGUGGUGGGGUAUUCCGCCGACUUCGAGGAAGAUCUCGACGACGACGAGGUGGAAGAAGUAUCGUCGCUGUUCGUGUAUGCCCUUGACGUGGACGACGGCAGCACACUCUGGGAAUUGACCACCGAGUUGGGGACCUUGGCGGACGGGUCUCAAGCUCAUGGCGCAGUACUCAGCGCAAGCGAAACCGAGCUCUACAUCGCGGGACACACUAGCGGGAUCAUCCCUGGCUACGACGGGGACACCACGGAAACCGACGAGCUUUUCGUGGUGGCCAUCGACAUCGCCGAGGAGGCGGUUAGCUGGGUCUGGCAGAGCGAGGCCAACGCGACGGCCUUCGGCACGGCGGGGAUCGUUCUGGCCGACGACGGAAGUCCCAUCGUUGGCGGCAUCGCGUUCGGGGACCAGUUUAACCUCAGCUCCGCGUCUUUCACGUACUGGGAGUUCGGCUCCGGUGACUUCGUCGCCGCUAAGAUCGACAUCGACGACCCGGAGGACAUCGAAGUGUCCAAGUACUUCGUCGCUGCGGCCGCCAGCAACGAGACGCGGGAACAGCCGUUCUCCAUCGUGAAGGACACCGACGUCGCCGACGGGGUUUUCCUGAUCGGCCAGCAGGACGGCAUUUUUGACGGGGAGGACUCUGAGGGUGGCGACCCGCUCAACUACCUGGUGUUGAAGGUCGAGCUGGAGGUGUUGCCGGAGAAAGAGGACGACGACGACGACGACGGGAGGGAUUUCCCGUACUGGUACAUCGGGGUCCCGCUGUUUGCUGGCGGGAUUGCUCUCUUCGUAGUUGCCUACAAGUGGGCGGCGGCGUCACAGGCGGCGAAGGCGAAACGAGCAACGAUGGUGUAGGUAGACCCAGAGGAACUCCGUGCGGCGGGGCUAGGGGAUGGAAAAUAUUCGUCCCCUCUUCUCGUGGCCAACGCCUCCUGGAGACGAGCGGGGAGAUGGCAGGAAACAAGAAUAAAAAUUGCCUCUACAAUUACUUCUGCUGCGAUUCGUGCCUCUUGU